CUCAAUUUUCGAUUACACUGGGCCUGGCCCACGUUUCCACCGGUCUCUUGAUCAUCAUCACUGCAAAUGCAACGUCAUCCCCGCCCGAAUAAACAAUUAGCAAUAAACGUUUGUCGUCAUCGGUCGUCGGCAGAUGGAUUUCCACUUUCCCAAGUCGGUUGUCAAUUCGUUUGAAACCUCGGAACUCUCGCCGCUCCGGUCACUUCUCAGAACUCGGAGAAGAGGAAGCCGACGGUCAUGGAGUCGCCGUCGCCGUCGUCACCGGCAGUCGAACCAGUCAACUUCGGGAGAUCACUCAUCGUGCCCAGUGUUCAAGAACUCGCAAAGGAAUGCAAUGAAAAGCUUCCUCCGAGGUACGAAAGGCCCCAAAUCGAACCGCUCGUCGUCUCCGGUGACCUAGAUUGGACGGUUCCAGUGAUUGAUCUUCAAAAACUUGCUUCCGGUGACGAAAGUUCAAUGGAUUCCGAGUCUGAGUUGGGGAAUUUGCACUCUGCUUGCAAAGAUUGGGGAUUCUUCCAGGUUGUGAAUCAUGGAGUUAGUAGAACAUUGCUAGAGAAAUUGAGGGUUGAGGUUGAGAAUCUGUUCCAACUCCCAUACGAGGAGAAGAAGAGGAAGCAACUGUGGCAGCAGCCCGAUAACCACGAGGGUUUCGGGCAGCUGUUUGUGGUUUCGGAAGAGCAGAAGCUAGACUGGAAUGAUAUGUUCUACAUAACUACUCUGCCUCGCCAUAUUCGACAGAACGAGCUAUUCGACAAGCUCCCUCACAAGUGCAGAGAGACGGUAGAAGCUUACUCUAUGGAGAUGAGAAAGCUGGCACUGAAGAUUCUGAGUCACAUGUCAAGAGCUUUAGGAAUGGAUGUCAAUGAAAUGGAGGACCUGUUCACGAAUGGAGUCCAGUCAAUCAGGAUGAACUACUAUCCACCUUGUCCCGAACCCAACAAGACCAUUGGAUUUACUCCGCAUUCUGAUGCUGAUGCCUUGACGAUUCUGUACCAGCUGAACGAGACCGAAGGUCUGCAGAUUCGUAAGGACGGGAAAUGGGUUCCCAUCAAACCUCUUCCAGACGCUUUUGUUGUUAACGUCGGGGACAUCAUGGAGAUCGUGAGCAAUGGAGUUUAUCGGAGCAUUGAACACAGGGCAGCAGUGAAUUCCACAAGGGAGAGGCUCUCAGUUGCAACGUUCUACAGCUGCAAGUUGGAUUGUACUUUGGGGCCUGCUCGUAGCCUCGUCGGGCCACGAAAUCCACCGGCGUUUCAGCAAGUUCCGGUGGAGGAUUACUUCAAGGAGUUCUUUGCUCGAAGAUUGAACGGGAAGUCUUACCUCGAGUUCAUGAGGAUUAAUGUUGACAAAUGACAGAGACUGAAAGUUCUUCGAAGUUCGAAUGAUUGUUAGGUUAUUAAAUGAGACUUACUAGCAAAAGCUCGCUUUGCUAUCGCUUCCCGUAUCAGAAAAAUAAGUAUUUUAAAGAGUAAUUUUAAAGAGUAAUAGUUGUAAUGUUGACCCAAAAGUAAAAGUAAUCUUAUUUUAUCUUUAAUUAUUUUUUUAUAGAUUUAUUAUUUACAAUAGCAUAAACUUGCAUAAGGUAGAAAGGUCGUCGAAUAUAUUAUUUAUAUCUAAACUUCUUUCAUGACGCUAUUGUUUCAAUUUGUACAGCUAAUAGUUGAUCUUAAUAUAAUUUUUGCAGAAUG